UCCGCGGCUCCUGGCGGCUCCGCGAGGCCGCGGCCCCACCGCUGGGCCCGGGAAGGGCCCCCGCGCACAGCGCCUGGACUCGUGGGUCCCCUGGGCAGCUGUUUAAGACUCCCCAUAUCCAGGAGCACCCAGGACCCGGGGCCACCUUUCUGCCUUCCUUCUUGGAUGGAGCACCGCCUCCCCAGUUUCUGGGGCAUCUGGCAUCUCGAGGCGUGGCCUUGCUGAAAAGCAAACAAGCCACUUGCCACACUGGAGACUGCAUAGCCAUUUAGGGAAGUGAGGAGCCGCUUCUGAAUUCAGAAUAGGACGGCAUCACCAAGCAGAUACCUAUUCCGAGCUGGAAAAGACUCUGGCUUCUGAGGAGACCCUGAGAGUCUAAGCAGUGCUGGGAAGCAGCCCCGGUAUUUGGGGGCUCGUUACACACCCCAAUCAUGUUCCUGCGACAGCUUGGUGGCUGGCUACCUCGCCCCUGGGGCCGCCGGAAACCAAUGAGGCCUGACCCACCUGCCCCAGAACCCAGACGGGUGGACAGCUCCCCUGAGAAUUCAGGGAGUGACUGGGAUAGUGCCCCAGAAACCAUGGGAGAUGUGAGGCCUCCCAAGACUAAGGACUCAGGGGUUCUGGGGAGCUCUGGGGCUGCUUCAGAACCACACAGGGAGCCCCAAGUUGAGCAACUGGGGAGCAAAAGAAUGGAUUCCCUCAAGUGGGACAAGGCUGUCUCUAGCACUGAAGAGUCUGGGAGACUGGAGGCCGGAGGAUCCAUUCCCAAACUCGGAUGGGAUCAUGUGGAUUCAGGUGGCACCAGGAGACCUGGGGUGUCCCCUGGUGGGGGACUGAGUGCCCCUGAGCCUGAAGUCCCAGUGGAGAAACCUGGCCGGCGUCAGAAGCUGCUGGGCUGGCUGCGGGGGGAACCAGGGGCUCCCCCACGGUACUUGGGGGGCCCAGAGGAGUGCCUGCAGAUCUCCACCAACCUGACUCUGCAUCUGCUGGAGCUGCUGGCCUCAGCCCUACUGGCGCUGUGCUCACGGCCGCUGUGGGCAGCCUUGGACGCACUCGGCCUGCGCGGACCGCUGGGCCUUUGGCUGCACGGGCUUCUGUCCUUUCUGGCUGCCCUACAUGGGCUCCAUGCCGUGCUGAGCCUGCUUACUGCCCACCCCCUGCACUUUGCCUGCCUCUUUGGCCUCCUACAGGCCCUGGUGCUGGCUGUCAGCCUCCGGGAGCCCAGUGGGGAUGAGGAGGCCACUGACUGGGAGAAUGAGGGGUUGGAAAGGGAGGGUGAGGAGCAGAGGGGAGACCCAGGAAAGGGGCUGUGACCGUGGGGUGGGGUGGGGGAAACGGGUGAAGACAGCGUGGCCUUUAGAGGGAGAGUGUGGGGUAUGACCCAGAUUGUAAGCAUAGGGACCUCAGGGAUGGGGAAGAAACUCCAGAAUAUGAGGGCACAGGGCCUCCCUUUAUAUACAGGAGAACAGAGCUAUUCUGGGUGUCUGUGUUUAUGGACAUCCUUGGGGCAUCGCCCUGGGAUUCACCAGCUGUUAUUACUUCUUGCUUUUACAUUUCUCUCACCUCAAGUUUUUUUUUUCCACCUCCACUUUUUAAAAGCCAAAAAUAGUAACACCAACAACAAAAUAGUGUGGUGGUAGAGAAUAAAGACCAAAGGGUCCUCUCUAAUUUUCAAAACUCCCUAGGGGUGGAGGAGACCAGAGGCAGAUAGACAGACUUCUGUGGUAAGAGGGUGGUUGGGAGACCUGACCCAAGGGAUCCCUUGGAUCUUGGGACCUGAGCCAUCUAGGGAAGAGUGGGGCUGCUAGACAAGGGGAUUAGCAGGUCUGGAUGGGGGCCCACAGGUGACAGGGAGCCUGCAGGGAGUGUCUGGUGCUCAUGGGAGCCACAGGGAGUGGGGAUAGUGCAGGCAGAACUGGCAGGAGGGCCAGCUUAGAAGGGUUGGCAGCUCAGACAAGCAGUGUAGGGGAAGCACUGAAGCCUAUAGUCCCCACUUGGGGGCUAGGGGUUUGCUCACUCAGCAAUAAAUAAUUGUGUCACACCAAAUCCUAAAUAUAUUGUUAUAAAGUGAGAGU